AUGGCGCGAAAACAAGCAGUUUCGAUCCAAGAAACUGUGGAAACCAACGAAGAUUUCGAGGCCUACCUCGCAGCUCAUAAGGAUCAGCUUAUUUGUAUGGAGGUGUACUCUGACUUCUGCGGCCCCUGUCUGGCAACUGGUAACGCUGUCAGAAAGGGUAAGCUGGAGAUUGGUCAAGACCGAAUCGCCAUGGUCAAGUGUUGCGCUGACAAUAUAGAUGCACUGGCAAGAUUCAAGCAUCAUAGUGAGCCGGCGUUUCUGUUCUUAGUGAAUGGCAAACUGACCCGUGCGAUGUUCGGCCCGAACGGCAUAGAUCUGUGCCGUAUCAUAGAGGAGGAGUUGAAGAUUAUGGACAGGGAAGCCGAGGGCAUUAUUAUGGAGAGGCCUCGACUUGAAGUACAUGAAAUGCUGCCGGAGGAAGCGGCUAAAAUGCAAGAAAACUUGAAGAUCGAGGAAGAAUACCGUGACGCAGCCGAGCGGCUCCGGGUGCUGACGCUAGCGGCUCGCAAGAAGAGAGUGAACGAGCGCCUCUCGCAGAACAUUAAGAGACUGAACUUUAUAAUGUUCUGGCCACAUUGCCACCAGGCGCACUACGAUCUGUAUGAGAAAUGGGAUAUGAUCAAUAUAACGGUGGCAGCCAAAGACACGUUCCAACUAGACGAGCGUGGAGCCCGCGAGGCGCUGUACAUGAGCGACGUGGACCCCAACGAGGCGUGUGUUCACGCGCUACUCGCCGGCCCCGUGCUCGUCGUGCUGUUCAAGAUGUUCGAGACUGAUACUAGGGACUUUGUUAAGUUAAUGCGCUACACACUAUACGAGGAGAUCCCGAUCCCCAAAGAGGACGUGAGCCCCGAGAAGCAAGUGCCUCCGGUGCCAGCGUACGAGAGAUACGCCAGCAUCAGCAAGACUGCGCGCGAAGUACGACGAGACCGCUACAAUGCAAAGCUGCAGAAAUUGAAAGAAGAAAAAGAAGACGCGGAACGUCUCCAAGCGGAACAGGAGCGACUGGCGCGCGAGGCUCAGGAGGAGGCAGCCAGGAUCGAGAAACAACGCCUGGAGGAGGAAAGGAUGGCCAGGAUUGCUGCUGGGUUACCAGCCGAUCCUGAACCACCACCGCCACCGCCGCCACCAGAACCGACAGAAGGAGAGCCUGCAGAAGGCGCGGAAGGAGUAGAAGGAGAAGCAACAGAAAGCGGGGAAGGAGGAGAGGAGAAACCAGAGACAGCGGAGACAGCCUCGGAAGUGGCAACUACUAUCACGGACUUAACUCCAGGAGAGGGGGGUCCAGAAGAAGCUAUGUUAGAUGAGGAUGUGGGAGAAAAAGAAGAAGAGUUUCAUUCCGACAUAGAAGUGGAGGGAGAGGAUUACAUCCCUCCCGGAGGUCUGUUCGUGCCAGGCUUGUAUACACCAGCCAAUGAGCUCGCUAAAGCUAAUGGACUGGCUUUCUUCUAUCCCAAGGUGCUUGCAGACUUGGCAGAGGUGAUAGAGACAGAGUACCUGCCGCCGCACGUGCUCGUCAUAUUCCCCAUAGACAAGCGCUACGAUGUUCAAGAGGUCGUCAACUUGUACUCCUCCGAGAUCUUGAAUAUGGGUAUCUUCGUGGGUGAGGACCCAUAUAGUGCGGAGCACGUCGCCUACAGCAUCAAGCAGUACGAUAAGAUGGAACGUCCGAGGAGAUACUUCGACCGCCUAGCCCUGAUGGUCUCGCGCAAGCGUUCCUUACCUCUACUCCAGCUGGCUGGGCUGAACCCCAUAUAUAUCAGCUCUGACGUCAUCAGCGGGGAGAGGGAGUGUCUCGCCAUGUUCCCUGUCGGCUACGGAGACGAUCACGAGGAGAUUGAGAGCGUUGAAGAAGAGGAGGUCGUGGUAAGGAGUCUAAAGUUGUUGAGUAAGGAGGCUGUUAGACUUGUUAGGCUUCCUCUUUGCAGUGAGAAGAAGGAAAUGGAGAAAAGAUUGAUAGGAAUGUAAGAUGUUUCUCUAAGGGUAAUCAGAAGCCAGUAUCACAACCAUUCUUACCCCUCCCUAUACCGUUGUACCAUUUGUAUAUGGUUCACAUAGAAAAUAAUUCUGUAACUUGCAUUCACAGGUAACUGAACAGCCACAAGAAACAGUUCAAGAGACUGUUGCUGCCGAAGAGAGACCGGAAGACGAAGACGAGGAUGAAGAGGAAGAACCGACCAUGUGAUAAGCCUGAAUCAUGAAGUCACCCUCACGAACUGCCGAUAAGUUUAUGUAAUGGCGAAUUCAAACAGCGAGUCACUCGUGCUUGUACGGAAGCUUGGAAUUGAGUUCCGCUACGACCCUGCACAACUUUAUUUUUUAGCUUCCACUGACCAGCGUCAGAGUAGAUGCCGUUAAAGUAUGUCUAAAAAAAAUAUUCAAAUAAAAGCAAAUGUCAUAAAAAUAUUUUAUUUUACUGUAUUUGUUUGUACAGAUAGAUAAACCGAGGUUUACUGGUGAAUUGAAUUCAUCAACCGAUAGGAGUAACUUUUCUACCGACCGAUGAAAAAUAGUCUAAACUUGAUUAAUCUUAAAUAUCUCAUGGAACUGAAUUGGCUGCGAUGGUACGGACAUGUUAAAAGGAGACCACCUGAGUACAUCGGCAAUGCGACAUUCAAUCUCGAUAUACCCGGUCAAAGGCGCAGAGGCAGGCCAAAACUGCGGUGGUUGAGUGUCGUAAAGAAAGACAUGGAAAUCUGCGAACUCAAAGAGGAAGAUGUCCAGGAUAGAGCGAAGU